AUGCAAGGAAACGAGAUCAUCGCAACAAUCAUUGGAGUCGGGCUGGGCGUGGUCGGCAUCGGCUGGGCCAUUUACUGCUGGUACCGACACCGCGUGAGCACCGGGAUUUUUAUCAGCCAAGUCCAUGGCCGACUGACUCUAGACCGUCGUGAUCAUGAUGUGGAACGGGGAGAGUAUGGGUCAUAUCUGCCUCGGUACGAUCGACGCGGCUGGGUGCGCGCCGUCCGUGUCGAGCCCCAGCCCAGACUGCGCGAGCCCGAAUAUGUGAUUCUACGACAGUUCCGAUCACCGGGAGAUCGCAUACCGGAACGAGAUACACGCCCGAAGCAGCAGAACCAGCAAUACAAUCAGCAGCAAGGGAAGCAGAAGCAGAAUCAACAGAACCACCAGCAGGGGAAGCAAAAGAGCCAGAACAAGCAACAAAACCAGCAGCAGCAGCAGCAGCAAAAGGGCAAGCAGAACCAGCAGAAAAAAGACCACGUUCAACAGCAGCAGCCUUCCAGGGCACAGUCGCCUGCUAAUCGGCAGGUCGGAUCGAGGACUCCUACGAAGGGUGCAUCGGAUCAGGGGUGGGACAAACCCGACAACCAGGAUAUACACAACAACGCCGUCAAUGCGUGGGCGCAGGAGGCAGGUGGGAAUACAAAUACUGCAUGGGAUCAGGAGGUUAAGGGGGGGCAGACGGAGCAGAUCUACAACCAGUGGUAA